CCUUCCCAAAAUCGUCUCUUUUGCCGUUAUGGGUGGGCUAGAUUUCAGUGCUUGAGGUUGGGAUUAUCCAAAUCAUCUCCUUUCCGAAACCCAGAUGGUUCUGUAGGAUAUUUGCGUUGCUGUCGUUAGCAAUCAUGAUAAGGAUUCGUGGGUUGAUGUUUUUUCAUGGGAAGGAUUAGUGAGGGAGUAAGAAUUAGGGGGAGAUUUGGUGCCCACCAGAGGAAACGAAGGGAUACUUUAUUGUGUGAAGAAAGGGAAGCUGAAGAAGGAGAAGACGAGAUGAGGUAGAAAGAAUCUGAGGGUGGCCGAUCGAGAUGAGAUUUGUGGCGAUAUGGUCGAUGGAGGAAUGGUAUUGAACUGGAUGUGAUGCCACUGGUUAAUGAGUCUGUCAAUAACUGAAGUUUUGCUGUUACAUUGGAUUAAGAUGCCAAUAAAGAUAUGGGCAUUGGUUUUCUGUGGGAUAUUGUUCUCUACUUUACUACAGAUGAUACCCACAAGGGUGGGAGCCAUAAAGUUGGGUCGAACUCAACGUACGGAGCGUAUUUCUGGUAGUGCUGGCGAUGUUUUGGAAGAUGACCCAGUGGGAAGGCUAAAGGUUUUUGUUUACGAGCUCCCUAGUAAGUAUAACAAGAAAAUUCUGCAAAAGGACCCAAGAUGCCUCACUCACAUGUUUGCAGCUGAAAUAUUUAUGCAUCGGUUUCUGUUGUCAAGUCCUGUACGAACACUCAAUCCUGAAGAAGCGGACUGGUUCUAUACCCCUGUCUAUACCACAUGUGAUCUACCAAAUGGCCUCCCUUUGCCCUUUAAAUCACCACGGAUGAUGCGAAGUGCAAUCCAGCUGAUCUCCUCGAACUGGCCGUACUGGAACCGCACGGAAGGAGCCGACCACUUUUUUGUGGUACCUCAUGAUUUUGGUGCAUGCUUCCAUUACCAGGAAGAGAAGGCAAUUGAAAGGGGAAUCUUGUCAUUGCUGCAACGUGCUACCCUGGUUCAAACUUUUGGGCAGAAGAAUCAUGUGUGCCUGAAAGAGGGCUCUAUCACCAUUCCCCCGUAUGCUCCCCCACAAAAAAUGCAGACGCACCUGAUUCCAGAAAAAACACCUCGGUCCAUCUUUGUCUACUUUCGAGGAUUGUUCUAUGAUGUUGGAAAUGAUCCUGAAGGCGGUUAUUAUGCAAGAGGAGCCCGGGCAGCAGUGUGGGAGAACUUCAAGGACAAUCCCCUAUUUGAUAUCUCAACUGAGCACCCAACAACAUACUAUGAGGACAUGCAAAGAGCUGUCUUUUGUCUGUGUCCGCUGGGGUGGGCUCCUUGGAGCCCAAGAUUGGUGGAAGCAGUCAUAUUUGGGUGCAUCCCAGUCAUCAUAGCAGAUGACAUUGUGCUGCCCUUUGCCGAUGCGAUCCCGUGGGAAGAGAUCGGGGUGUUUGUGGAUGAGAAGGACGUCCCAAACUUGGACACAAUACUCACUUCGAUUCCCGUCGAAGUGAUACUGAGGAAGCAGAGAUUGCUCGCCAAUCCUUCAAUGAAGCAGGCCAUGUUGUUCCCGCAACCUGCUCAACCUGGUGAUGCUUUCCAUCAAGUCCUGAAUGGUCUUGCACGUAAGCUGCCGCACGACAGGGUCGCUGUUUACCUGAAACCAGGUCAGAAGAUUUUGAACUGGACCGCAGGUCCUGUGGGUGAUCUGAAACCGUGGUAGCAGUAGGUGCUUAGUUAAUCUAGGAAGCAGGAAUACAACAUCAUUAAUCCAGGAGGCCAAGGCGAAGGUGAAAGUGAUGACCGUCUGUCGCGUUGGUAUUCUUCGUCUGUAGUUCAAUGUAUUAUUCUGUGUAAGAAAUCUGUUACAUGAUUUUGUUUUCAGUUUUCAAAUUCUGAUAUUAUUUAUAUUUUGUCCUCGAUAUCUUUCCAUAUUGGUGUACGGGUAAGUGUUUAGGGGCUUAUUAUUUUUACUCUCUGUAAAUUUCUUGUUUGAUUUCAUAUUUUUCUCAUUCGCUGCUGCUCCUAGUUAAGAGCUGUGUUGGUUGGUAGUACCAUAAUGGUAACCGAUGUAUAUAAGGUAUAGAAUGCAUUCUAUUUGUUCGUGUUGUCUAAAUCUGAAGCUUAGGAUAAUCCUCAGUUACUGUUUUUUGGUUGUCAUGAACAGAUUGAAAGGCAUAUUUCCUUUUCCGUUA